CAAGUUUCCGUUGGAGCUUCGUUUGGAGUAGGACAGUCCACUGUUUCUCAGGUCACUUGGAGAUUUAUCGAGGCCAUGGAAGAACGGGCAAAGCACCAUCUCAAAUGGCCUGAUUCUAGUAAACUGGAAGAAAUUAAAUCUAAAUUUGAAUCAUUUUCAGGAUUGCCUAACUGUUGUGGAGCCAUUGAUGCUACUCACAUCAUUAUGACACUUCCUGCUGUUGAAACUUCAGAUGAUUGGUGUGAUCAAGAAAACAAUUACAGCAUGUUCGUCCAAGGAGUCGUUGAUAAUGAGAUGCGAUUUCUAGAUGUUUUGACGGGUUGGCCAGGGGGAAUGCCUAUUUCUCGACUUCUGAAGUGUUCGGGAUUUUACAAACUUUGUGAAAGUGGCGAACGGCUAAAUGGAAAGGUCAGGAUAUCAACUAAUGGAGAGGAGAUUCGAGAGUAUAUAGUAGGUGGUGCUAGUUACCCUCUUCUUCCAUGGCUUAUAACUCCAUACGAAGGUAAUGAUCUUGAAAUUCCCAUGUUAGAAUUCAAUCAAAAGCUUGAAGCUGCCCGAGCUGCAGCUGUCAAGGCAUUUUCGCAACUGAAGGGUGGUUGGAGAAUCCUAAGUAAGGUUAUGUGGAGGCCUGAUAAGAGGAAACUUCCUAGUAUUAUCUUGGUCUGUUGUUUGCUUCAUAAUAUUAUAAUCGAUUGUGGAGACAAUUUGUAUCCAGAUGUUGUCUUGUCUGGACACCACGACUCAGAUUAUAUAGGGCAGAGCUGUAAGCAUGUUGAUCCGAUAGGCAGAACUAUUAGAGAAAACUUAACUAAACGCUAGCAGCGUUGCAAAGAGAAGGCUUCUUGUGCUCGUACCAUCUGGAACCAUUGCCAAGCCGACAUUCUUGUACUGAUACUGUCAUCAGUACAAGAAUUCUGAUCAAGAAUGUCGGCAAUGGCGCCAUUUCCAAGCCAACAUUCUUGCACUAGCACCAUUGUCAAGCUUUAUACUUAAGCUUGGUUGAAUGUGUAAUGUCUUAAUU